AUGCCGGCACAGAAACGGGAAAGUGUGCUCCUUCGCUACGCAGCUGCGUUGGGGAUUCCACAAUUUUCCACACUUUCACUUGGGGUGGCCUGGACGCUUGGUUUUGCUGUAGCACUAGCCGCGGGUGCUCUCGCAGAUGCGUUUCAGGCCAAUGCCCCCGCCUUCCCGUUGAUGCCAACGGCAAGCUUGGCAGUGGGACUCAAUGGCCUCUGUGCCCUCCUCUCCAUUCUCCUCGGGUACAGCGUGUGGGACGCAUUCAGCAUAUAUCAACCAUUUGCGGGCGGGGAGGUGUAUGUAUUACUACAAGGGUGUGGCUGGACGCUCCUGGCCGCUGCUUCAGCGGUUAUGGUUGUAUACCUUCUCCAGCUGGAGCCGCCCACGUUUAGGUACGGGGCGCUUACGAUACUGGAAGGAUUUGCCUCCAUAGGGAAUAUUUUGCUGCUUGUGUCCGUGCGCUACUUUGCCCCCUCGGAGUCCCGAAGCAGAUCUGUGGAGGGAGAUCCGCGGCGUUCUAUGGAUAACCCAGACAGGGGGUCGGCGCUGGAGUGGAUGCUGCAUAGCCCCAACUCCGAAACUGGCCUGGUUGUCAUUUUUCUACUGUCGCAGUUGUUUCUCUGCAAUGUUGGGGCCUUGUUUCAGUCCGUCUCUUCGCCUGUGAUGAUGUUAUUCACCAUUUUUCAUGUAUUGAGUGGUAUAAUCAUUCAUUUGGUGAUUGGAUGGAAACAGACAGAAGGAUUCAAAAUGCUACGAGGGCCUAUAGAGACUUUGUACAGUUUGCUCUCCUGGUUGGUGUACGUUUUGGCGCUUGCGGGGGGAAUAGCUCUCAUUCGCACAGGGACGGAUGCCCCACAGGUGACCUUUGGAAUGACAGCAUUGGCGGCCUUUAUUGGUAUCCUGUCGAAGCUGGUGCUGGUGCGAACAGCAAGGGCUAAAGCGAGUCAAGACCCUGUUCGGUCCACUGUAGCGAAGUACGCCCGAUUUCUUCUCUCAGCCAUGGCCACAACAUUGGCGUGCAUCUCAGUUGGCAUCAUGUAUUAUGUGAGGCGAGAGGAAAAUUUCUUUAUAGGGUCUAGGAAUGGACGGGCGUUGAUGGAGGGACUCUUGUUUUGCCAAACGUUAUCCGUACUCUUUUUGCUUGCGCUGUCUCCCGUGACGCACUUGAUUGGACGCGUUAUCUACGGGGAUGCCUUCAGCUUUUUUCAGCCCUUUCGUGGUUCGACGGGAUUUGUCUUUCUGCAAGCGCUUGGUUGGGCCUUCUUUGCCGCCUGUAUUCUGUGCAUGACGUUCCACAUGACAGCAACGAACUUCCGCUGGAUUCUCUACGCCACAGCCACUGGCGCUAUGGGGCAGUUUUUUAUUCAAUUCUCUAUUGAGGCCUUUGCCUCAGUUUCCUCCCCGGAGGCGGCGCAGGCGGCAGAGAGCGGGAAAAGACGCGAGGUGAAACCGGAGAAGGAAAGUCUCAUCAGCGGUGAACUAAUUGUCAGUCUGCUGCUUCAACUGGCUUCUAUUAUUUUGCGGCUGGUGGUAGACAUAUCCUUGACACAAGACAGAGAGUUUUCCUACGUUCGCAAGCAGCUACUGAUUAGCUUUGCGACCUUGGCCUUCGUGGUGAGUGUGCCUCUGGCCCACUACUCCGGCACCAGCAAAGACAUCCCCUUCUUCGCGCCGUUUUGCGGCAGCGGCACCUACAUCGCCCUGCAGGCCUUGGGGUGGGUUGGGUAUGCCCUGUUUUUACUCAAGUCUGUUCUGGAGCAUGUUCUCUCGCUGAAUGGUUUGGUUUCCAUGCACUUUGCGUCCGACUACCCCUUCUUCCUCUGGUUCACGAUGGAGGGAUGUCUACAGCUGGUCCCGCUGCUGCUCGUUGUGCUCUCCGUGGUCACGGAGGCGCGAUUCUCCGUCUCACAGCAGCGUGGCCGCAGAAUGGUGACGGAGGCUCUCGAAUGCGUCAAGGCUGCACUCGCUGAAGGCUUUGAGGAUCGCGAGGCGAAUGAGCGGGCGGCGCUGCAAGUGUCCAUGCGGAUUCUGGCCGCGUCGGCCCUUUCAGCCCACGGCAUGCAGUACGACCGAGCGCAUUUUUGCAUCGGCGGCAAGCCGGCUCCAGAGAGGCGCGCUGCAACAAAAGCAAGUGAAGUUAUGAAACACAUUGACCUCACAGUUGGGGAUGAGGAGGAUGUUUUGCCGCUCUUCCCGACCGAGGCUGAGACCCGCAACGGCGCGGCAACUCUGUUGGUGAUGAUGCUGUGCUUUGCCUCGGCAUCUGGAUACGUCAUCGCCGCGCUUUGGGCGAGCAAACUCCCGCUUGUCAGCUUUGUAUUUUCCGUCGGUGGCCUUGCUGUCUGCACCAUCUCCUGCGUGGGCACGCACUGCGGGUAUGGGGUGUUGCUGCAGGGUCACACGGGGGAGUAUACAUUUUUUAUGCUCUUUAAAGGCGGACCUGUGUUUGUGGCGCUGCAAAUUGCGGGUUGGGUGAGCUACGCAUGUACAUUUAUCCUGACGCUCAUUCACACCCUGGAAGAUGAGGGGCAAACCGUCGAACUUCUUGCUGCGGCGCUCUUCUCGGUAUUUUGUCAAAUACUUAUUCUGGUCUCCAUCCCGAAAUUUGACUCACGACCCCGGCGUCUGACGUACUUGGAGGAGAACGGCGAAGGAGUUGUGGCGGUGUUGGUUUUCGUCGGCGCCUUCCUGUUUGGUCACCUCUACCUGCGGGCGCAGGAGUUCUUUCGCGAGUUGGAUGCCGCUUGUGCCGUCGACGCAGGCAUGGCCCUCUCCACACGGCGCUCGCAUGUUCCCUUUUCCGUCAUGGCGCUCAGCAUUGUGGCUGCCGUGCCGUUCGUCCUGGUCACCCUCGGCCGUUCCACGAAGCGCUUGGUGACGGUGGCCCACUCCCCGCGCCGCGACAUUGACGCCGAAGAGGAUGAGCAGUGGGGGCGCCGUAAGUCCCUCAUUCUGAACGUCAUUCUGCGGAUUUCGGAAAUCGUGAUGCUGAUGCUUGGAAUGACUACGCCCAUGGUGUUUAUGUUCUUGGUAUACCACAUUGUGAAGGGUGUGCAGAGCGGCAUCAUGCCACUCAUACAAUAUUGGAUACCCGUGCCGCUGAUGGCGGUGAUUCUUGCCUUGCUGCUGUCACUUGUGCCGCAUGUCAUGAGCAUUGGCGUGCGAAGGCAAUUUCAGUCCUUUAGGGAGUGCGUCGUCGUAUGCAGUGUGUACUCCAUUGCAAUCAUUUCCUUCUCCAUCAUCUAUGGACCGGCAUUCUGGCUACCGUUUCAUUCCGUGGGGGUGUAUUAUACUGGGGCUGUGGCUUUGGCUUUGAGCGUGGGCGCGCCUUUUCGUCCGCUUCGCAUAUUGUUAAGGUUUGGUGUCUACGCAAUGCUUGGGUACGCCACCUACGUGGAAUACCUUCGUGUGUUGGAGAGGCACACAACACUUUCUGCGCUAGCAACGCUGGGGUACUACGCCAUAGAUGCGCUGGAACUGCUCGUGUGGCUCUGGUACCUUCCGUUGUACGAUGGGAAGCCUGAGGAGACGGGCAAGUACCGCAGCUUGCCGUUUGUGAAGUGGGCAGAAAAGUACCUCUUCAGGGAUAUUGGGAACUACUUUAGCUAUCGCGUUAUUCUGGAGGACGACUCCGUGAGCAUGCGGGACGGCGGCAAUCAGUACAUCUUCGCAUUUCAUCCGCAUGGGGUCUUUGCGGGCAGCGCCCUCUGCGGCAUCUUUUCCGAGGCCUGGGCGCAAAAAAUUGGUCAAAAUGCAAAGACCUACGUUUCCACGCAUGAGGCAAGCGUCGUGUUCAACGUUCCAAUCAUACGCGACUUUAACUUGAGCUUGGGGGCGCUCUCCGUGACGCGCGCCGCCAUUGGCGCCAGCAUUUCCCGCGGCAACAGCCCACUCAUCGUCAUUGGCGGGCAGGCCGAGCUGCUUCUAACGAAGCGCAGCGACAUGGUGAUGUCGGUCGUCACCUACCACCACGGCUUCGUGAGGCUGGCGCUGCGGCACAAGGUGCCGCUCGUGCCGCUGAUAAGCUUUGCGGAGCAGAACGUGCUGGACAUCGUCCCCGCGCCCAAGCUGCAGCGCGCCACGCUGAAGCUGCUGGGCUUCCCCUUCCCGAUUAUUCCGCACGGUAGAUGGCUGCUGCCGCUUCCGCACCGCACGCCGCUGACGCUCGUCGUCGGUUCCCCCCUGCCGAUCCCGCCCGGCGCGAGCGCCGACAAUCCGAACGAUGUUGUCACCCUCGCCGACGCGUACUUCGCGGCACUCCGGACCCUCUUCUACAAGCACCGCGCGGCGGCCGGCUACCCAGAGAUGGAGCUCGAGUUUCACUCGCGGAAAGGAAAGAAGACGGCCUAA